AUGGGGAACUCGCUGUCUUGUUGCCUGUGCCGCAAUGCCAGCCCCAAGUUGGGCCGGCGCAGGGGGUCAGCGGAGCCGGACUGUGAGUCUGAGGUCUACAAGGCGGCGGCCGGGAACGCGGUGGCAGUAGCUCCGGCGGCGGCUACCGUGGAACCCGCCGAGUUGGAUUUCGCAGGUGGCGAAGGCCACCACCUGCAGCACAUCAGCGACCGGGAGAUGCCCGAAGACUUAGCUUUGGAACCAAACCCUUCUGACCACCCAAGAGCAAGCACAAUCUUCCUGAGCAAAUUUCAAACAGCUGUGCGGAAAGAGAGGAAGAGCGACCAUUUAAACCAUUAUGACCUUAGCAAUAUAUUACCACAUAAAGAACAGCGAGAAAAGAUUCCAGAGGAAUACUUCGAGCAUGAUCCUGAACACAAAGUCAUUUACAGAUUUGUUCAUACUCUUUGUAGUGCCGCACAGCUAACUGCUGAAAGUGCAGUAGUAACUUUGGUUUACUUAGAAAGGCUUUUAACUUAUGCUGAGAUCGACAUUUGCCCCACUAACUGGAAAAGAAUUGUUUUGGGAGCCAUUCUUCUUGCCUCCAAGUUUUGGGACGAUCAGGCUGUAUGGAAUGUGGACUACUGCCAGAUCCUCAAGGACAUUACAGUUGAGGACAUGAAUGAGAUGGAAAGGCACGUCCUGGAGCUACUUCAAUUUAAUAUGAAUAUUCCUUUCAGUGUGUAUGCCAAAUACUACUUUGACCUUCACUCCUUAGCAGAUGACAACAACCUGAAUGUUCUAUUCCCUCCUCUUAGCAAAGAAAGAGCACAGAACUUAGAGGCCAUUUCCAGAUUGUGUGACGACGAAUACAAAGACGUGUGUAGAGCUGCUAUGAGAAGGUCUUUCAGCGCUGAUAGUUUCAUUGGUAUUCAGCGCUCCAAUGCCAUCCUCUCUUAAGGGAGAAGUGAGGGGUUGUAACAUCAUAAACCCCUCGAAACAAAGACUGGAGAAAUAUCACCUCUCCUGCUCAGAAACCAGCAAAGUUAGUAUUUUCACCUUAAAGAAAGACAUUGAAUUCAAGAGACUCAUGGACAAGCGAAGAUUAUGCUCAUAGGAAAGAACGGGACCUCGUCAAUGUAACACGCUCUUCUGUCCUUUUUAUUGUAAACAGAGUUACAAAAACCACUCCAAAGCUAAAAGCUCCCAAUCCAUGCACAGAUAUCUGCUCCCAAUCUACGCACAGUUAUCUUAUAGCUGAGAACUAUGUAAGG